GCCAGGCGGGCCGAGCGGCGCCGCGCGGCGCUGAGGGGAGCCGAGCAGGGAGCCGCCAUGCCCAUGUACAAGGUGAAGCCGCUGCACGGCGCCGCGGGCCCGCUGCCGGCAGAGCAGCUUCCCACCUGCAUGUACCGUGUGUCCAGCCUGCACCGCUGCGCCACGCCGCAGGAAGAAGUCGACCCGUCGCUUCAAGCCCUUGAAUCCCGCCAGGAGGAGAUCCUGAAACGCCUGUAUGAGCUGAAGAGCGCCGUGGAUGGGCUCUCAAAGAUGGUACAGACUCCUGAUGCUGACUUCGAUGUGACUCACGUCAUUCAAAAUGAUGAGUCUUCUCCUCUGACGACAAAUGGAGCGGAUUUAGACUUGAUGCUUGGAAAGGAUUACGGUGCCCUGAAAGAUAUCGUAAUCAAUGCAAAUCCUUCUGUGCCCCCAUUGUCCUUAUUAGUACUGCACAGCCUGCUCUGUGAGCGCUACAAGAUACUAUCAGCCGUUCACACACAUUCAUCAGUGAAAAGUGUGCCAGAAAAACUCCUGAAAUGCUUUGGGGAGCAGAUGAAGAAGCAACCACGCCAUGAGUAUCAGUUGGGCUUCACUCUAAUAUGGAAGGAUGUUCCAAAACCUCAGAUGAAGUUCAGCAUUCAAACAAUGUGCCCAAUUGAAGGAGAAGGGAACAUUGCUAGAUUUCUCUUUUCCCUUUUCGGCCAGAAGUACAAUGCCAUUACUUCAACUCUGAUUGACAGCUGGGUUGACACAGCCAUCUUCCAGCUCAAAGAAGGCAGCAGUAAAGAAAAAGGAGCAGUCUUGCGAUCCAUGAACGCUGCCCUGGGCAAGACGCCGUGGCUGGUGGGAAGCGAACUCACCGUGGCAGAUAUUGUGGCGUGGUGCGUGCUUCAGCAGACAGGCAGUGCAAAUGCUGCACCAGCCAACGUGCAGAAAUGGAUGAAGUCCUGUGAGAACUUAGCACCUUUCAGCUCUGUUAUUAAGCUACUGAAAUAAGCCUGUACCUUUAGAUAAACAGGGUGAUUUUAACCUACUCCCACCCCACACCUACUGUCAUGGUUUGAAUCCUUUAUGAGAGCAGUUUCUGCAGUUGGAUAGAAUUCUAAAACCAAUAAAAACAUUACAGCUGC